UGAUUUGAUUAGAUAAGGUGGCAAGCGAUUUUAUUUUAAAGUUAUUUUUGAAAAAAUAUCUAAAUUAUAAAAUUUUAAAUGAAAACACGUGUUUUAAAUGUGAUUUUGUUGUAAACUGUUUGUGACAUUAACACCAAUCGCAUACAUAUCUCAUACUUAAAUGAACAGUAUUUUAUAAAUUAUAACUUAUAAUAGAUUUAUAUCUUAUUGUUUAGAUUCAUAUAAACGGACCAAAAAAUCAUAUUUAGCCAACAGACUGGUACAUAUUAAUUUACUAUUAUUGAAAAAUGCAAUGCCCAUGGGAACCUAAGGCCAGAAGUGACCAGGGUUGGAUCGACAGACAUAACUGGCUCAUUGCACAGACUGUCCAACAUAGAACCGAUGCACAGAUCAUAUUCGUGGGCGACUCAAUCACUCAGCAUUGGGAGAAUGUGGGACGGGUGACCUGGGACAUGUAUUACGCGCCCAGACAUGCCUACAACUACGGCAUAUCAGGGGACAGGACUGAGAACCUGAUCUACAGAAUAAGAGAUAAGGAGUUUGAUGGUCUCCACCCUAAAGUGGCUGUCCUUAUGAUCGGCACGAAUGAUAUCGGUUGGAAUAACACCGUCGAGGAUACUGUUCGCGGAGUAAAGCAAGUGUUGACUGAAUUGACUGCCAAACUGCCCGACACUAAAGUCAUACUCACAUCCAUUUUGCCGGGACCUGAACGUAGGGGCUCUAAAGGCAAACAGUUGGCUCAACUCAUCCAGCAGUUUGCCGAUAAUAAGACCGUCUUCUACCAGGACCUGUGGACUCCGUAUGUGUUUCCAAACGGCACCCAAAAGUCGGAGCUAUUUGCCGAUGGACUACAUCUCAAUACGAAAGGCUAUGAGGUGUGGCAACAGUCUAUGGAACCACUGCUUAACAAAUUAUGUCCAACCCUGUAAUGACACGUUUAUUUUGAUUGCAAAUAUUUAAAAUUAAUUUAUUAUAACACGAGUUACGUGUCAAAUCAAAAAAAAUA